AUGCCGCCGUCAUGGAUGCGAUCCCUCCGCGACCACGUCCCCCAGGCGGCAGCCGCCAUGGCCGCCUCGAGGAUCCCCGACGUCCUCCAGCACGCAGACUGGUCUGGUAGCCUCACAAACACCCAUCACAGCCCGACCGGAAACUUCAACGAGGGCAUCCUCGCCGCCCUCGCCCUGCCGGGAGAGGUCAGCGCCAUCGCAUUCGAACCCGUCGCCGGCUACCUCGCCGUCGGCACCUCGCAGGGCACCGUCCACAUCUUUGGCUCCGCACCCGUGCAGAUCGCCCUCACCCUCCGCCCCGCCGUCAAGGUCAGGCACCUCGCCUUCAGGUCCGGCACCGGCCUCCUCGUCUGCAUUGACGAAAAAGACAACAUGAGCAUCUACGACCUCGAGCGGCCCGACCCGCAGAUCCGCGCAUCCAACGCCUCGUCGUCCAACCACUACCGCGCCUCGUCGGCCUCCACGGGCAACAGCCUCACCGGCUCGCCCCACCCGGACACGCCCCAGCGCGUCGGCAUCCACACCGUCCGCAACAAGGUCAUGGCCAUCGAGCUCUCCCCCGCCCACUCGCACCUCUUCCUCGGCCUCCGCGACGGCACCGUCGACGCCUACGACCUCGACCGGCUCUGCCCCUCGCCCUACCGCGUACCCAACCUCUGGUGGGAGGAGGAGGAGAUCCUCCGCAAGUCGGGCGUCCCCGACGCGCCCAACCGCAGGCACGUGCCCCUCAUCAUCGACAUCAAGUCCCACCCAAAGGACCUUAACCAGCUCCUCCUCGCCUACGAAGGCGGCGCCAUCCUCCUCGACAUCAAGGAGCGCGCCGUGUUUGCCAUGGGCCACGAGGACGGCUGCAUCUCCUUCUGGCACGCCAAGGAGGACGACAAGCCCAUCACCGUGCGCACCCUCGACGCGCUCGACGUCGAGAAGCCGUCGGCCUCGGUCGAGGCCCUCGAGCGGCCACGCCCGCCCCGCGAGCCCAUCUUCAAGCUGGCCUGGUCCGGCUUUCCCGAAAAGUCGUGGAUGGAGAUGGGCCGCGAGAGCGCGGCCGCAUGGCAGUCGCCGCAGCCCGGGUCGGCGUCGCGCGCAUCGCAGGACGGUCGGCCGGCUGGUGCAGGUCAGGGGCAGGGGCAGGGUCACGGCCACGGGUCCGAGGACGGCGCAGCAGCUCCGACCAAAGGCACCAUCCUCACGGUGCUCGGCGGCGCAGUCGAAGGGCGCGACCCGCCGUCGCUCUACGCCAUCCAUCUGCCUCCGUACGCUGCGCCCAUGAGCCUGUGGGGCGGCGGCGGCGACGGCGGCGCCAACGCCAACAAGCUGCGGCAGUCGCUGCGACAGUCGCUCCAGUCGACCGCCGAGUCGACGUACCGGACUUCGUCGCUGGUCGAGGACUUUGUCCUGCUGCCCAAGCUCAGCCCUCACUUUGGGGGCGCCUUUGAUCCGAUGGGCGUGCUGGUCCUGCUCGCCGCCGACCCAUCGCUGCCGACGCUUCCGCCACCCGCCGCCGCCAGGGGUCUCGCUUGCUACUCGUUCCCACCGCGCCUCCCGACGUGGCAGGCCGCACCCAGCGACGUCCCAAACGCCAGCCCGCAGCUCGACGCCGUGCCUGCACCGGUCCAGGCGUCGUCGCUGCCGCAGAGGGAGCUCGACCUGCCCUUGCCGCUGACUUUGGCGGGUGCAGGGGCGAUCCUGGGCGCCAAGUUCGCCACCAUGGCGCCGCACGCCUACCGCAAGCUGGUCGGCCUCGAGGACGCCACCGGCCUCAACCAGCGGCAGCAGGACGAGAGCGACCUGGUGGCGAUGCGGUCGUCGCAGGACCCGCGCCGAGGCCCGCUCCACCUGCACGGCGGCAAGGCGUCGGCGUCGGUCUCGGGCGACGGUCCGGAGACAAUCCCCGACCUUGCCCGAUCGAGCAAGUUCCGCAUCCUCAUCACCUGGCACCUCGACGGCAGCGUCCGCUUCCACGACGCCAGCCCGCACCUGCUGCUGAUGGGCGACGUCGACGCGGCCGAUGCCGCAGCCGACCCCAACGUGCCGCCACGCGUGUGGCUCAAGCGCGGCUUCCCCUCGCCGCUGCCUCACCUCACCAUCUCGACCCGCGCCCUCCUGCGCCACGAGCAGAUGGCCGGCCAUCCGACCUUUGACCGGAUCCGCGGCCGCGCCAAGGUGCAGGACGUCCAGCUGGCGCCCGAAGUGCUCGAGGUGGGCAUCUCGCUCUCGACGGGCCAGCUGCUCCAGUACCGCUUCGACUUUGCCAAGCUGAGCGAGACCCGGGCCAUACAGGAAGAGGUGGAGCGGGAGAUCCAAGAGGAGCAGCAGCAGCAGCAGCAGCAGGGCGGCGCGAACUUCAUGAUCCCGCCCGUGACGAGCUCGCGGAGCGAGGGCGGCUCUUCGUCGGUCGCCAGCCCACGACCCCUGGCCGACCCUUCUUCCAGCGGCCUGGACCAGGAGAUGGCCAACGCCAUGCGCGAGCUCGAUACCGGCGACCAGGGCCAGCAUGUCCAGCCAUCCGGCCCCACCGCUCCGCCCAUGCAGGGCCUCCCCUCUCGGAGCAGCCUGACGGACGCCGGCAUCAUGCACGACGUCGACCUGGCCGGUGCGGGAACCAGCACCCCGGCGAGCCACAGCCGCACGCCUUCCCAGGGCGGUCCAGGGGCGCCGCCGCCGCGACCCAAGCGGGAUCCGAAACGGCUCAGCUUCCGGUUCGGCGGCCGAGACCGCGAGUCGUCCGCCGGCUCCGGCGCGGGUGGCGUCACGAUGCAGCCGUCCGAUUCGAUCUCCAGCAUCCCCGAGCAGGGCCGUCCCCCGCCGACGCUGCCGACGCUGCCGACGCCGCCACCGGCCGAGCCUCGGCCGCACCUGGAGCAGGCGGCCGCCGAAGAGGUCACCUACCUCGGCCACCUGGCCGAGUGGCACUGCGACGGCUUCAAGCCCAACCUGAUGAUCGAUCCGAUGCGCGGCGAGAUCACGGCGUUUGCCAUCAGCGACAUUGGCUUCGUCGCCGUCGCGUGCGGCACCGUGCUGGCGGUGCUGGACCUGCGCGGGCCCGAGCUGAUCCUGCGCGAGGGCUUCGGAGACCAGGCCGACUUUGCCAAGCAGGCGCGCGGCGACGUCGGCGGCGUUGGCGGCGGCUCUGCCCGCGAGGCGCGCAAGAUGCUCGAGGCCGAGGCCAAAAGCCCCAUUUCGGCGCUCACCUUUGGCGUCUGCAGGGUGGCCGACGACCCUUCGCUGGCGCCGAGGCUGGUCGUGAGCCGCGACAAUGGCUACACGACCGUGUGGACGCUGCAGCGGACGCUCGACAUGUGGAUGGUGGAGAGGACGUCGGGCCACAAGCUCGACGACUUUGCCGCGCUGCGCAGGCUGCAGGUGCUCGACGUCGGCGGCAACGUGUGCCCGGCGCUGCCCAACGAGCUGCAGCGGGCGCUCCGGGAGCAGGAGCACGGCCCCAUCGGAGGGUCGGCCGCCGACCUGCCCGAUAGCAACCUCGCGCUGGCCUUUACGGACCGAGGCAUCAGCCUGCGUGCCGGCAUCACUGGCCCCGUGGUGGCCAAGGCCGACGUCGGCGAGCGGGUGCUGGGCGGCGGUGUCGUCGAGCGCGGGUCGGAGAAGGUGGCGGCGGUGGUCACGUCGUCGAGCAUCCGGAUCUACACGCUGCCGCGGCUGCAGCAGAUUACGCGGCUGCAGCGCCACCACCGCGAGCUCGGCGAGACGGCGGGGUCGUUUGCCAGCCCCAACCUCACCCUGUGGCCCAAGCCGGCGGCGGGCGGCCGGACGAUGCCCCUCCAUCCGGGCGCCGUCGGAUCGGCGGCGGGCGUGGCGACGAGCAUCGCCGGCUGGUUCGGCACCAAGACCAGCGGCGUCCUUUCGAUUGGCGACCAGUUUGACGCGGCGCUCGCCGGGCCCAACCGGCCGGAUCCGCCCAAGCUGGGCGACCCGCUGCCGCCGCGCGACUUUCGCGUCAGGAUGCCCGACGUGCCCGCCACCUCAACCCCGCCGGCCGCGCGCCACACCAGCAGCAGCAGCAGCAGCGUUGGCGCUGGCCCAGGCUCAGGGCGGACAGACGCGGGCAAGGCGCGAGCCGUGGCGGAAGAGACGCAGCAGGCGGCCGGAUACGGGUACCAGAAUAUCGACCUGCUCAAGGCGCGGGGCGCCAUGAUGAGCGGCAUCGAGGAAGGCCUGACUACGCUCGAGCGGGGCGCCUCGGACUUUGUCAAGGGCACCCGCGACAUGGCCAUCAAGUCGGCGGCCAAGGACAAGCUCAACAAGUUUCUCUUUUGA